ACCGAAAUAGAAUAUUAUAAGAAUAAAACGCUCGCUUGGUGAUAAACGGAGUUAACUCAAAAUUCUCAAAAAAUCGGUUUUGUAUUAACAGCCUGUCACCGAGAGCACUAUACGAUUUCUUUCUUAAACCGGCUUAAACCGUGCGUGAAAAAGAGAUAGCACACAAUGCCCCGUUUUACUUUUACAAACAGGGUAUAUUUCGGUUCAUGCUAAAGUAGCCAACUUUAGUCUUGUUCCAAUUCAAUUGCGAAGAAGACGUUGCUUUCGUGUUUCAUUUCAAGAUAAAUCUUUGUUUUGAGCCCGAUGACCAAAUGCAGCCAGCUCCCAGGGUUCUGUGGGCAGGCGCUUAAACGGCCUUAUAAUAAUGGGCAUCCGCCGGGAACUAUUCCAGGAUCCUGUUGCUCUACUAUUACAGAGGCGACAUCUUCCUUUGAUGAACUUACUGCUUCAAAAUAUUUUAGCGUCAAGUACAUGAUUCCAGGGAUCAGAGGUCAACAACUCAACACGAACUAGCUUGUCAUAAAGGAGCAUUUACCGGUGACUGCUUAAUACCUAAUAAUGUUGCUCUCUUGGUGCAGAUAUGACAAAAAUAUUUCUGUCGAGACACUUACUGCUCCAGAAGUCGUGGAUGUUGAAGACGAUGGCGUCCAGUUUGGCCUGUUCCCAGGGGCCGGUGGGCAGCAGUUUGAGCUGGCUGGCCACAUAUCGAGCGAUCGCCAGCGACUGAUUCAGGCCUCAUGCUUCUGUUGGUCUCGUGGUACAGAGACAACAAUGUUCCUGGUGAGACACUUACUGCUCCAAAAGUCAUGGACAUUGAAGACGAUGGCGUCCAGUUUGGCCUGUUGCCAGGGGUCGGUGGGCAGGAGCAUGAACUGGCUGGCCACGUAGCGGGCGAUCGCCAGCGACUGGUUCAGGCCUCAGGAUUCUGUUGGUCUCGUGGUACAGAGAUGACAAAGUCCAUGGUGAGAC